UCCUUGCAGAGGGAGGAGUGCAUUUCAAGGUGCUCUGUCUUCUCGAAUUGGGGAUUACAGUGACAAUGGAUGUUUCUGCUCAGUCAAAACUAAACAAGCAAUCAAGAUUAAGCUACAAGAGCUUUGGAAUCUCAUCCCAGGUGGAUGGUGACUCUUCACCCAAAGACUUUACAACUGACUUCACAAAGAAACAUGAUCUUAUCCAUCUGAAAGAGCUGCCCGUGGCCUCCGGUAUCUUACAUUUGUCUGACCAAGACCUAUCCAGCCUAAAAGAGCUAGAUGAGGGUGGCUCAAAUCAAGGCGAGCUUAAGCUGCUGUACGCGGCCCUUGUCAUGCUUCCUGUUGGAGUGACCUUUGCCUUGGUCCUACAAAUCUGCCUGGGUGAAAGUUUGGUGGCCACACAAGGUGGUGGUGUGGUGGUUUCGGACCACGAGCGCUGCACUGCCCUCGGUCAAAGAGUCCUUCAUGAGCGCGGCUCCAGCGUGGAUGCAGCCAUCGCUGGCGCCCUGUGUCUGGGCGUUCUGCAUCCACAUGUGUCGGGAGUUGGCGGAGGUGGAGUGAUGCUGGUUCACGACAUCCUCAAGAAUGAAACCAGGGUGAUAAAUUUUCUAGGAACUGCACCUAACGCAUUAAGAGAGGAGAUGCUGCAAAAUGUUUCAGAGCUUAAGGCCGGUCUAAAAGUAUGCGUGCCAGGUAUGCUCAUGGGGUUGCACCGUGCUCACAGCAUAUAUGGGAGCCUGUCAUGGGAGGACGUUGUCGGCAGAGCUGCAGAUGUCGCCAGAGAAGGUUUCAGAGUGUCUCACAGUCUGUCUGAUGCAAUAUCAAAGGUAAAAGGUGAGCAGCUGUCUCAACGCUUCAGGGACAUGUUCAUUCCAGGAGGCCGAGCUCUGGGCCCUGGUUCAUAUGUGAGGAUGCCUGGUCUGGCAGGGGUCCUAGAGGCUGGUUUGAAUCAUUUCUACCAUGGAAAUGUGUCCCAAGAAAUCGAGGAUGAGGUGCAAGAAAACGGAGGGAUCCUGAGCAGAGAGGACAUCGGUAACUAUCGCGUAGAAGUGGAACAACCUCUUGAAAGCCGGCACAAUGAGUUUAUAAUUCAGGUUUCUCCUCCCCCAUCUGCUGGGGCGGUGUUGAUAGCCGUUCUUGACCUUUUAGAGGCCCUCCAUCUCAGUGAGAGCAAUAUCACAGAAAACCAAACACACCACAGGAGGGCUGAGGCCACGAAAGCAGAUUUAUCUAAGGUCAAAGAUGUGACUGAGAAGCUCUCUGAAAUGCUGAGCAACAGUCAGACUGGAAGGCUUCGUAAGAAAAUAAAUUACUCCAAUGCGUCUCCACCUGAAUACUUCUCCACCAACCACUCCCUUCAGACAGGGCUGAAGAUUGGACAAGUUGUAGUCAUGGGACUGGAUAACCUCAUAGUGUCUCUUGCAAGUUCCUUGAGCAGCACAUUUGGGAGUAGAAUCGUGACUCGAUCAGGCAUCGUUCUCAACAGCCUUGUCCAUGACUUCUCCUGGACAGAUAACACCAAAGGCCAGCCUCAGACUUACCCGAGGAACAUUGUGAAGUCCAGACAAGGGCCCCCGUCCUUGCUCAUGCCCACAAUAAUCAGCCCGGCCCGACGUAACUGCGGGAUCUACAUGGCUCUCAGCAGUUCAGGCGGACAAAACCUCUCGAGCGCAGUCGUUCAGAUGUUGAACAGUGCACUCUAUGUCCAUAAAAAGAAAAAAGACAGCCUCUCCCACAAUCACCCCCACCUCCAGACAAACAGAACUCUUGGUGACUUCACUUCCACUUUUCUCACUGCUCCCCCAUCAGCUGAGUUUCCAGAAGAGGAUGAGCUGUUUGUGUAUGCAAAGCCCCACGUAUAUCAAAGAGCAAAGACGGACCAAGCUGUCCUGGGGAUCCAGAGGAAAAAAGAUGCUAUUACGACCACACAAGUGCUUCAAAUGUUACAUAGUUUAUUAUAGUCUUGUUGUUUUCAUGAAUUUUAGCUCGGUAAUAAAUAUUCUAAAGGCUCA